AUUUAAAUAAAAUUUUUGAAAACAUUUAAAUAAAGAUUAAAACCAGAAGAAAAUUUACACAACCAGUGACAGAUACAUGAAAACAUAGAAAGUAAAUUCACAAAGACUCAAAAAAAAACUCUGCAGAAUACAAAACAGGAAAGUUUCAAACAGAAUUAUGUGUAAAUGAUUUACUGAUGGAUGAAAAACAUGAUCAUAAAUAUGCAGAACAACCAUAAAGUCGGAGAAAAACAGUAAUAAAUCACAAUAACAUUCCAAAAAAACUAAAAGAUUCCUGCAGAACAAGAAAAGAACGAUGAGAGAUCCAAAACAGGAAGAAAUAUGAAAAAUAAACAGAUUAAAAAGAAGGAAAACAAGCAGAGAAACAAAAAGAUCAAAUAAAAUCAUGAAAAACAUAAUAAACAAAAUGAAGAAACAUCAAUAUAGAAAACAUUCACUUAGAGACGGAAAGGCGUCAGAAUGAGAAAAUAAAGAUUAAAAUGUAAAACAGGAUUAAAAACAAACAUCAGAUUAAUAAAUAAUUUAGAGAUGGAUUAAAAUCAUCUUCAUAAAAUAGAAAACAUAAAUAGUUAACUGUUAAAAUAAGAUGUAGGAUCAAAAGAGAUGAGGAAGAGGAGGAGGAUGAAGACCAGAACAUCAGGUCUGCAGCAGCUGCUGGAAGCAGAACGGCUCGGUUCUGUAGGAGGAGGAGCAAAGAGGAGAGAGAGAGAGAGCAGGCGGCCGAGCGAGCAGAGGCUCCGCCCCCUUUGCCCAGCCUAUAGAUGGAGCCGCUGGACGCAGCGUCCCACUGCGAGGACGUCCCUCAGCUGAACAAGUCCUAAGACGGCUGCUCUCUGAGACGCUUAGUGAAGUUGUCCAGCUCCAGGGUCCUUCCUCACCCUCAUCAUCAUCACCUGCAAGAGGUCAGAGGUUAUGAUGGCUCUCCUGCUCAGAGUCCUGCUGCUGCUGCUGAUUGGAGGGACGGUUCUGCUGGGCGGCAGCCCGGCCCAGAGGAUCCGAGUUCGCCGUCAGAACAUGAAGGUCCGGAUCAACGCCACCGGCGACACCAUCGUCAUGAAGUUCGUCCGGCCCGGUCCAGACGUGAAGCUGGAGGGAUACAUCCUGGGAUACGGCAGGAGCGUCUUCUCCAAGCAGUUCAUCCAGCUGCCGGAGAACGGACAGCUGUACGAGACCGAGCUGGAUGCUGAACCAAAGUACCUGGUGGCCGUCCAGCCAAUCCCAGUCAAUGACAUGAAGAAGCACUGCACAGGCAAGGUGAACCUGGAGAAGCCGCUCCACCUGGUGAUCGGCUCCAUCAGCCCCACGGCGGUGCUGCUGUCCUGGGGGAACCACCUGAAGACGCCGUAUGAGAAGAACGUUAUGAGCGAGUGUCUGGAGGACGGGUUCUACACCAUCCGCUACAGGGAGAGGAACAGGAAGUGGAUCUACCAGACCUGUCCUACCAGUGACACCGUCAUCGACCACCUGAAGCCCGACACGCAGUACGAGUUUGGGGUUCGCUCCAACAAGGACGACCGCAGCGGCCUCUGGAGCAAACCGGUCAUCCACAGCACCAACACGGCCAAUAAAAACACACAGAAACCGUACAAACCGCGGAAAACUCUGACAAAUCCGAUGAAACCUCAGCAUCCGUUCCCUCCUGCUCCAGUUCUUCACAACAGUUCCAGUCUUCGGGUGCCGCCUGUUAAGCCCGUUAAGCCCGUUAACUCCGGGUCAUCUCGCUCCGUCUUCGAGUCUCCAGAGAGCCGGCAGGAAACGGCCCCUGUGCCGGGCUCCGCCCGACCCAAACCCGCUCACGACUCACCUGAAAAAGGAAACAGUCUCAUAGCCAACCGAACCCGUCUUGCGGAGCAGCGGACUACUGCCCUCCCCAAACUGCUGCCUACCUCCACCCCUCCUGCCCACAUCACUGUCUCUAACUUCCCCUCCAAAGGCGGCGAGCUGCAGACCACCAGGGGGCCCAGCAGGGCUCCUGACAAGCUUCCUAAUCCUGAGGCUGCAGUGAGACCUCAGGACGGCUCCUCGCUGCUCCGACUCGCCCUGGCCAAUGAGCGGGCCAAGCUCGGCACCUGGGGUCAAGGCAGCAGCAGAAAUGGGAGGCCAUCACUGCCUGUGAUUUCCUCCGGCCCAGACGCUAACCCACUGAUCUUGAGGAGCCAUCUUGACCCCUUCUCUUACCGCCUCACACAGCGCCACUCUUCCUCUAGAUCCAGUAACUCGUCCCCGACCUCUUUGAUCCUUGGGGCAAACGGACAGCCACACCGGGGCAUUUCCCAGCCCAAACUGGCCUUAUGGCCCAGAGCUCGACUGGGAUCUCCGUUUCGGACAACUCUCAACAUCCGGCCAAAUGAUGUGAGAAAACCUGGAGAGACCGACAAGGUGAACCGCCCGGAGAAGAGCGGAAACCCAGAAAUCCCGAAGUAUAAAGUCCCAGCAGUGACGACCAAACCGACCAAACAGGAGCGAAGACAAACCACGACUACCGCCGCCCCGACAGCAGUGAGUCGGCAGGAGAGUUGGGAGGAUUCAGACCUUUUCCAGUCUCAGCCAACCUCUGAUGUUGAUGCAAUGGGCAAGAAGCGUUACGUGGCGCCUCAUGUAGUUUACCAAACCGGGAAGAAGCCGGAUGAGCCUUGCUCCAUCACCUCCUCCCUCAACUACUUCCCUGAAGACGAACCGGGUGAGGUGAACGUCACAUCUCCUCCAACCAGCCCACCUGCCAACCUCACUGUGGUGACGGUGGAGGGAUGUCCGUCCUUCAUCAUCCUGGACUGGGAGAAACCAGACAACCACACCACCGAGUAUGAGGUGAUCUCCACUGCGAAGGGACCUGAUGGAGAACGGGUUUCCAUCCUGACCACCAACCAGACCCACACUGCAGUGGAGAACCUGAACCCUGAGAGCAGUUACGAGUUCACGGUGAAGCCGAAGAACGAGCUGGGAGAAGGUCCUCUGAGCGAGCCAGUGUCCUUCAACACGGAGUCUGCGGAUCCUCGUGUGAGUGAGAACGUCUCAGGAAAAGACGCCAUCUGGACCCAGUUCCCGUUCAAGACCGACUCGUACUCCGACUGCCACGGCAAACAGUACGUGAAGAGAACCUGGUACCGCAAGUUUGUAGGAGUCCAGCUGUGCAACUCGCUCCGGUACAAGAUCUAUCUGAGCGACUCGCUGAACGGUAAAUUCUACCACAUUGGAGAUCAGAGCGGCUUUGGAGAGGAUCACUGCCAGUUUGUGGAUUCUUUUCUGGACGGACGGACGGGCAGGCAGCUCAGAGCGGACCAGCUCCCCUCCAGAAACGGUUUCUUCAGAGCUCUGCGCCAGGAGCCCGUCCACUUUGGACAGAUAGGAGGACAUUCCCACAUCAACUACGUCUCCUGGUAUGAAUGUGGAACGCCGAUCCCUGGGAAGUGGUAGACGGACUGGGAUCCUCAGCAGGAAGGGACUUGUUGACCUCAGCUGGGGGGGCUGACCCAGCCGGACCCUGAGCUGGGCGCCCAGUGCUGUAAAAACAUGUACCGGACUUCCUCAUCAGGGAACUGUAAGGAGAGAGCAUUUGUACAACUAUAGCAGACAUGCCUUCUCUUUACUAUUUAUCAAGCAUCAACGCUACAGCGAUUAGAGCAGGAACAAACUCAUGAUAGAUAUAUUUUAUUUUGUGUUAAAUCUUUGGAAGCUGGCUCCCUGGAUUACUAUUUUCAUCACUUGUGAGAUGUUAUUUAUCCAAAGGUCUUUGUUUUCAUUUCUUCAUGAGUAGCGACAGGCAGGAGGUCACAGGGUGGGCGGCAGUGACGUGCGGUGAGGUUCAUAGCUGGUGAGGCACUGACGUCAUCAGAAUCAGAUUUGCAAAUAGAUGCAUAGAUUGACAGCAGUUUACAGGUUAUGUUUCACUUCUGCAUCC